ACUAGCCUACAAGCGCUGGUUGUCAUAGAACGAUACUCGAAUGUGUAUUGAACAAACAAACUGAACGGAAAUUCCGAUACUCCACCGGUGGCAGUUUCGUUGUAUAUUUGUUUGUACACACCAGUCGCAGUCAUGUCCUUCAGAAGGGACCACCAGUAUGGAUCGAUUGUGCGGAACACGAUUGUGGCGCGGUCCAAUCGGCCAGUUAUCAACCGAAUGUUGCGCUCCGCUCGACUGGACUCCACGAUUGGCCAGAAACCAGCCAAGGCAGCUAAGGCCAAGCGGAUGGAGACGAAGGCGCAGCUCAUGCAGAAGGAGCGAUCAUCCAGCACGGGGAUGAGCGGCUUCUCCAAGCUGACAAGUCGUGAUGGACUGGUGGGCAAGGAUUACUGGAACGCGGCCAUUGAGGAUGUGGAGUUCAGUGCCGCCUGCCGCUUCCAGCCGCGCAUUCCCGUCAUUGACUAUUCCCUUGUGCUGCCGCCUCGAUUGCGCGAGCGGGUCAAGCGCAUCCAGAACUACGACUACUCCAAGUCGGAUGAGGAUAUCUACAUCAGGGACGAAAUGCAGGAGGUGCGACCCGAGGACUACAUGAGCGCCGAGAGUUCCGAAAAGAGUGACGAGGAGGAUGACCACGUGCUGCUUGAAAUUGGUCGCAAGAAGGUGGAGGAGUACUUCAACGAGAGUGACCACUCGGAUAUUGUGCGCAUGGAGCACGAGUUCGAGAAGUUCGAUCUGAAGCUGGAUGAGCCGGUGGGACACACCCAUCGUGUCGUGGACAAGUCCAGUUGGUACGCGAAGUUCCUGUGCGCCCCGCGCGAUAAGAGAGUCAGCUGGCAGAGUCGCGUGGAACAUCCUGGCCAGAACUACUCCUUGGUCACGCUGGACGAACAGGCUGAGAACCUCAUGGAUGCGUCAGCGGAACGUUUUGUCGAGUGGCUGAACUCCUUUGGCACCUUGGAAAGCAACUUGACCCCGGAGAAGGUGAAGAACCUUUUUUCCAUCAAGGGGGAUAGAACUCUGUUGGCCUCCGUGAAGACAGAUCCCAAGGAGGUGAACGCCAUUGCUCAGACUGUGGCCGAUAAAUGGAACAAGCCCCAUAUGGCCAUUGAGCUGAAGUACGAGAAGCACAUCAAUGACCAAGCUUCCCGAGUGAACCAGAAGCCCCUGCUAAGUGCUUUUGGACGCACUGUCCCGCUGAAGGAUCGUCCCUGGCUGAAACGACCCGGAGACACCGCCAUUAAGACGGUCUAUCCGGAGGAUCUGCUGACCCGCGAGAAGAUCUUCAAGGGCAUCACUCACCUGCGAAGCACCACUGCCCUCAUCGACUUCUAUCUGGCCCAUCCGGAACUUGAGCGGCCACAGUAUCUCCUGCAGAGCGGUGACUUCGAGGAGUCCAGCGCCAGUGAAUCCGUGGCUGAGGUGCCGCUUUACGAACUCCUGGGAUUGCGUUAUUAAACCAUUGAUUGCCAAUAAGUUUAUUAGUUAAAUUACCAGUUGUCUGUAUUCAAUGGUAGCAGUCCAAUACGAACUCAUUUAGAGAAAUAUGUACAAAUUAAAUCCCAUUGAAUGAAUGUGUUGAAAA